AUGGGGCGGCCGAAAGCGAUACCAGAUGAUGACGACGGCGACGACCUUUCACAGUUCACAGGCUUCGAGCUCGAUGAAAAAUACAUGAAGAGAUUGGAGCACAACAAGAACCGCGAGGCUCUCCAGCGACACGAGGAGCAGAAGAAGAAAGGUCUCAUCGACGAUCCCGAGGAAGAUUCUGAGCCUGAGUCUGAGCCGGAUUCUGAUCUCGGAAAUCCAGAAAGCGAUCUCAAAUUCGUUGAUUUGUUGCUUAAGGUAAAGAAAAAGGAUCCUAUUAUUAAGAACAAAGAUGCUAAGUUCUUUGAGUCUGAUGAGAGUAGUGAAGAAGAUGAGGUUGAUGAGAAGGAUAAGAAGAAGAAGAAGAAGAAGAAGAAGAAGAAGUUGUAUUUGAAAGAUGUUCAAGCACAUCAUUUGCUUGAGGAAGGUCCUGAGUUUGUUGAGGAAGAUGAGGAGAGGAAGGUUAGGACUUACGCUGAGCAGCAGGGCGAGUUGAGGAGAGCUGUUACGGAUGCUUUGGAAGCUGGAGGGAAUGAGAGUGAUGGAGAUGAUGAUUUUUUGAGAGUUGUGGAGAAGGAAGGAGAUGAUGAUGUGGAGGUUGAUCAGGAGUUAGCUAAGAAAAUUGAUGAGUAUUUUGGUGAAGAAGCUGAGGUUGUUGAGAAUCAGUUUUUGAAAGAUUAUUUGGUGAAACAAUUGUGGAAGGAGAAAGAGGAGAAGAUUAUAGAUAAAGCAGAGUUGAAGGAGUUGAGUGAGGAUGAGCAAGCUGUUUGGGAUCAGGAGGAUUUUGAGGCAGGAAGACCGUUGGAGAGAAGCUAUAGGCAUGAAGAGAAUGCUGGGGACAUCGUUAUGGGUCAGUCUAGGGUUGUGAAAGGGUCGGUGAGGAAGAAGGAUAACGCGAGGAAGGUGCAGAGGAAGAGUAAAGAGGAGAGAAUGAAGAUGGCUGAGAUUGAGAGGAAAUAG